GCCUGACCAUGUUCACGUCUACUUAGGUUGUUAAUUCGUUCGUCCCUUGAUAUAAUGUACGUGGCAUAUGAGUUCUGCUGGAAUAGAAAAAAAAACUGAAGACCCUAGAACCCUUGCAGCGUGUGGCUCAAAAUAUGAUGGAGACAGAGUAUUCCAAGAGAGUGUACCAAGGAGUGCGAGUCAAGCAUACUGUAAAAGACCUUCUUGCAGAAAAGAGAUUAAGACAAACAAAUGCACCCAGAUUCAGUCCAAGCACCAGUUCUUCUCAGCCAGCUUUUGUACCAAUGCCAGGGUCUCAUAUGCUUCCUAGUUACUACAGCAUGAGAAGAACUUUCCUCCCAGACUCAGAGCUCUGCCAUCCCAUGAAGCAGUACUCUCCAGACACUUACUCUUCAGUACAGGGAAGCAAGGCCUUCUCGUAUGACCACCCUUCCAGUUACCCAGCUUUCAUUGACAGCUACUACACUCCUGAUUCUUAUGGAGAUUACAGAGUGCCAGCUUCAUAUACCACAAGUGGAGGGUCAUUGUUUCCACCAUCUACACUACCAGCACUACUGCCAUCUCUGUCUGGAGAGUCAUCGUCCCACUUGCUCUUGAGAGACCCCUGGGAUCAGCCAUCUGAGGAUCCAGUCAGUCAGCCAGAAGUCAUAUGUCCUGAGGGUCCAGCCCCGGUGGCAGACUCACCAUCCCUCGGAGGGCCUGACUCUGGGGGUUCCUCUCCAUUUCGUCUAUCUUCGGGGCGCAAUGGGAGCUCCAUAUCAUCCAGCACACAGCCUUACACUCUACAUCCUCUGGAAGAUGUUCCCUACCCAGUCACCUCCUACACCUCAGCCUCCAGCUAUACCUGCCCACUGUACAUGACAACACCUGCAGAUCUGGCUGUGGUGAAGAUGACACCUGUCAACUCAGAGGAAGUUAGUGGUGGAGUGGCGUCUCUCAGUGACACUACAUCCUGGGCUAAAGAUGAUGGAACUGGUUCCUGGUUGUCUUAUGAGACCAGGAGGGCUUUUUAAGAGGCUUAAAUGUCAAAAUAGAAGCUUUUAAGAUACAUGGACUGUGGACUGUUCGGACAGUUGUGAUUACACAGCCUCUCUGUCCUUACAAGGAGACUAUGGCCAUGAAUAAUAUAGUGGUGUGUGUGGGUGUGUGUCUCAGUGUGUGUGUGUGUGAAUACAUUUGUUUAUCAUGAUACAGAUGACCACCCUAAGAAAAACUGUCAAAAAACAAGUUCUUUUUAUUUUAUACUCAUCAUAUUCCAUCAGGAUUCAACAAAGAUACAUGCAGAUAUUUCAAUUCAUUCUGGCUUUAUAAUGCAUAUUGCAUGUCCUGACAAUUUAGAAUGAAUUGAAACCAAUUCUCUCUUCUUUCUGUCUUUCUUUCAUUUCUGAUAACUUGUAUGAAACCGUCUUAUAUUUUGACUGGUCAAAAAUAAAACUUGCUAAUAGCCCCACAAAACACUUGCGGAAGGUAAGGAUUGUUAAAGUGAUAGUUCACCCAAAAAUUUUAAUUCUCACAUCAUUUACUUUCCCUCAUGCCAUCCCAAAUGUAUGUGAAUGUCUUUCUUCUGCAGAACACUAACAAAAAUGUUUAGAACAAGAGCUCAGCUCUGAUGGUCCAUUCAAUGCAAAUGAAUGGUGGCCAGAACUUUCAUGGUUCAAAAAGACCACCAGCAUAAAAGUAAUCUGUACUACCUUAGUGAUUUAAUACAUGUCUUUAAAAGUGAUAUGAUUGGUGUGGGUAAGAAACAGAAAAAAAAUCUACUUUCAUGUUCUUCUUUUUGUUUUUGGCAAAUUGCAUUCAUCGUGCAUAUCGCCACCUACUGGGCAGGGAGGAGAAUUUAUAGAAAAAAAAAGGGACUUAAAUAUUGAUGUGUUUCUCACCCACACCUAUAAUAUAUCUUCUGAAGACAUGGAUUGAAAGGGAUAGUUCACCCAUAAAUAAUAAUUCUCUCAUCAAUGCCCUUAGACAAUCGCAAAUGUGUAUGACUUUCUUUCUUCUGCAGAACACAAAUUAAGGUUUGCUCUGUUGGUCUUCACAAUGAAAGUGAAAGGUGACCAGAACUCAGAAGGUCCAAUAGGCACAUAAAGGGAGCAUACAAUUAAUCCAUAUGACAGUGGUUAAAUCCAUAUCUUCUUAAGCAAUAUGAUGGGUUAGGGUGAGAAACAGAUCAAAUAAAUAUUAAUAUUAAAGUCCUUUUUUCAAUCAGUCUCCACCUUUGACCAGCCCCAACCAGUAGGAGGCUGAAUGUGAAAGUGAAAGUCACUUCCACACCAGGAUGUCCAUUUUGGACCUUCAAAGUUGCAUUGAAUGAACCUAAAGAGCUGAAAUAUUAUCCUAAAUGUUUUGUUUGUGAUCAGCAGAAGAAAGAAAGUAAUACACAUCUGGGAUGGCAUGCGGGUGAGUACAAAAUGACAGAAUUUUCAUUUUUGGGAGAACUAUUCCAUUAAUGGAUUGAAAUGAUGCCUUGAAAAUUGCAUUUUUUUCCUAACUAAUAAGUAUGUUUAUUAGUGUAGUCUUUGUCAGGAAUGCCAAUAUAAA